AUGUAUCCUAAUAAUACUAAUAAUAACUAUCAUAACAAUGAUCGUAAUAGAAGACCAAACAACAAUAGCAAUAUGAGUUCAUUAAAAGACGAAAAAGUAAGUCAGGCUUGUAUUGCUGUACUCGAAGAUUUGCUAAAGCAAGAUGAAAAUAAACAAUGUGCUGAUUGUAACACUAAAGCACCAAGAUGGGCAUCGACAAAUCUUGGAAUUUUCAUUUGUAUGAAAUGCUCUGGUAUUCACAGAUCGCUUGGUGUACAUAUCUCAAAGGUCAGAUCAGUGUCACUCGACAAAUGGACACCGGAACUCUUGGAACACAUGAAGAACAUGGGUAACAAGAAAUCGAAUCAGAUCUACGAAGAGUUUCUUCCACCAGGUUUCAGAAAACCAGAUUCAAAUGCUGACUCUUAUACAUUGGAACAGUUCAUUCGUGCUAAAUAUGAGAGAAAGGAAUUCACUAAACCAGAUGGCGCUUCUUCGGGCUAUCGUAAUGCCUCACAGAUGAGAAGAGGUGGCGGUGGAUUCAAUGAGACUACCAAGAGAAAUUACAAUGAGCAAUAUCAGAGAAACAAUAACUCUGCCAAUGAAUUCAAUUCGUUCCACGACAACAACAACAACAACAGUCGUAGAAAUAACAGUGGUUAUGAUAACCAUGACAAUGGAUAUGACAAUGGAAGAAAUGGAUAUGACAGUCAUGGUGGUAGAGGAAAUAAUAAUGGUUAUAACAACAACCAUGGUAACAGUGGUUAUGAUAAUCAUAACAAUGGUAGAGGAAAUAGUGGAUUCGAUAAUAAUAAUAAUAGACAUAAUAAUAACAACAACAAUAGAAACAAUAACAGUAACAACAGUUAUAAUAAUAAUAAUAGAGAUGAUGGAUUUAUUAGAGGUGGUGGUGAUGAUGGAUUCUCAUCAUUCCAAAGCAGCAAUAGCAGUCACAGUAAUAGCAAUAAUAGAGGUGGAGAUGAUGGAUUCUCAUCGUUCCACAGCCACAAUGGUAACAGUAAUGGUAACAAUGGUACCAUUCCAAAACCAAACAACAAUCAUAACAAUGUAUCAAUACCACUACCCAAACCAAAGGCAUCGCUCAUGGACGACCAAUUCGAUGCAUGGCAUUCUGCACCAAAAUCUAAUAAGAGUUUAAUUGAUGAUGACUUUAAUCCAAAUCCAGCACCACCAAAACAAACAUUUAACUUUGAUCCAUUAGCAAGUGGAAAUACAUCAUCAUCAUCAUCAAACAACAAUAACUUUAGCAACAACAACAAUAAUAACUCAUUCGGUGGAAUGAACAAUGGUGGAAUGAUGCCAAACGGUGGAAUGCCAAUGAACGGUGGAAUGAACGGCGGAAUGAUGAACAAUGGUAUGAUGCCAAAUGGUGGAAUGCCAAUGAAUGGUGGAAUGAUGCCAAAUGGUGGUAUGAUGAAUAACGGAAUGAACGGUGGUGGUAUGAUGUCAAAUGGUGGAAUGAUGAACAAUGGAAUGAUGCCAAACGGUGGAAUGAACAGAAUGCCAAUGAACGGUGGUAUGAUGCCAAAUGGUGGAAUGAUGCCAAACGGUGGUAUGAUGAACGGUGGUAUGAUGCCAAAUGGUGGAAUGAUGAACAACGGAAUGAUGCCAAACGGUGGAAUGCCAAUGAUGGGUGGUAUGAACGGUGGAAUGAUGCCAAACGGUGGUAUGAUGAACGGUGGAGCUGGUAUGCCAAUGAAUAACAAUACAUUCAAUGCCUUCUUGCCACCUCCAGGAGGACACCAACCAAAUCUCAUGGGAGGUGGUGGUGCCAACGCAUUCUCAAUGAACAGUGGCGCCGUUGGUGGUAUGAAUAACAACUCUGCAUCCAAGACACCGAGCCAGUUUGCUUCGUUAGAUUCCAAGAUGUUCGGUGGUGGUGGUGGUGCAGGAAACAAGUCAUCGCCAGCUCCAGCAGCACCAAUCGCCAACAACAACUCUGGAUUCUCCAACAACUUUGCCAACACACCAAUUUCACCAAUGAACAACAAUAACAUGAACAAUUUUGCCAACAAACCUAUCAACACCCAAAACAACAACAGUAACAACUUUGACCUACUAUUCUAG